UCGUAGGCAUGGGCAGUAUAGCCCUUCAAUUUUUAAAGAUUUAUUCUAAAUCACUAAUGGGAAAUUAAUUGUUCUGUCACUCUCUAAAAUUCAACCAGGACUCCAAUUCAAUUUAAUUUGGCAUUCUGAGAACAUAUCCAUAUUAAGUUUAUUAAGGCAGUAAGUGUGUGAAGUUAACUUUUUUAUGCAUUGCUUUUCAGAAGUAGAAGGUUUACCAAUCCUAGCUGACCAAGCAGUUUUACAAAUAAACCCUCCAGCAAGUUUAAAAAUAAUUAGGCCCAACUCAGAGGAAGUGGAGUUGCUCCUGUUGCACAAAAAAGAUGUCUAGUGGCUCCAGUGAAAUCGAUGUGAUAAGAACACGAAUACCUGUUCAUGAUGAAGAUGAUGACACUAUUCUUUAUGCAUUUGAACCAAACCCUGCACGUGUCAAGACUCAGGAAAGUGUUCUAUCUGACACACCCUACAAUGAAGAGCAAGAUAAAACAAUUCUGGACGUCUUUAAUCAUUGCCAGGCUAUCAAUGAUGCUAUUCAAAACCUGGAUAAGAAGGUUGAUGUCAUUAAUGGAAAGGUUUCAAAAAUUCGUCGUUUUCGUGUGAAACCAUUACGGAAAAAUCAUAAGUUUGGAUAUUCAUACAAAAAGUAUUAUUACCUGCUUUCUAGAAAGGUCAAAUUGCAGAAAAUGAAGAAGAAGGAGCUUCCUUCUUCAUUCUCUUACCCUGAAAGUUAUAGCCCAACUAUACCGGUAAGAAGGCCGGAAAUUGAUUACGAUAGCAACUUUGUAGGAUCACCUUACCAGUCACAGGAGUCCCCGGAACACGAGUUGCAGUCAUUCCCUGCAGAGCUGGAGCCAGAGCUGGAGCAGGAGCUGGAGCCGAGCCUCAGCCAGAAUCUGUCGCCUCCCUCCCUCUUCUCUUCGCAUUCAUAUCCAUCGUAUUUCACACCCGAUGAGCCAGUGCAGGGCACCCCCACCGUGACCUGUUUUGGCAGCCCAGAGGCCCACAGCACCAGGAGUGUCGCCUCAUCUCCCCAAGCUUCCUCACCAGGAUCUGCAGCCAUGCUGGCCCAAGACGAACCCAGUCCAGUACAUAACCCUGAGAUGAUGGCUUACCCAACUUCACUGGAAAAUAAGAGCUUUGACCUUACUGCCUCAUCUCGCUGCAUGCCGGCUGGCAUUGCUACAAGUUCACCAGUUAGAGCUGACCCGGGUAUGCUAAAACACGGCUUCUCUGAUGACCCUUUAACCUGGUCUGUGGAUGAAGUGAUCCUGUUUCUGAAACAUAUAGAUCCACAGAUAUCAUGCUCCCUCGCCGACACCUUCAGGCAACACGACAUUGAUGGGAAAGCUCUUCUACUACUCAAGGGUGACAUAAUGAUGAAGUACAUGGGGUUGAAGCUGGGGACAACUGUGAAGUUGUGCCACUACAUCGAAAGGCUGAAAGAAAAAAGUGCUUCAACAAUUGAAAAAAUGUUUGCGUGGAUUUAGAUUGGACUUAAUUCUGGGGAGACCAGGGCCUUCUUACUGUAAAAUCAUUUUUCCGCCCUUAGAAGUUUGUGUUGUGUGGAAGGUUCCUCUAAAAAUAGGUUAUAUCCAGAAUUGCAGAACUAUGUUACAGUUCAGUCUACUUCUUUAGAAACCAUAUAAUGUGUUAGUAUUAGCAUAUCCAAACUGUUAGUUUGUUCUUUAUAUCUUUUUAUUAUUUUCAUUGUAUUGUUUACAAACAUACUUCAUGCGGGAAACCGAGAAACAGCUUUGAUUUUGGUGAAAACAGCUAAAUCCCAAAGAGAAAAUAUCAGGGACUGACAAGUUCUCUAAUGAAAUCCAUGAGAAGUUUUCCUUAGAAGGGAAUUUAAAGAUACAACUGUAGCUAUCAUCUCUUUCUCAAAUAUUUUAUGUCUGUCACUGCAAUGUUCUGUUCAUGUUCUACCAGUGUCCAGAAAGGGAAUAGCCAUAUAAAUUAUUUUCCUUUCUGUCAUUUCUCUGUAUGUUGUGUUUGUUCCUAUUUAAAGAAAAAAAAAGCAACCUUGUAAGCUUUCAUGAAGUGUUCUUACCAGUUUUUUAAUAAUUAUAAGAUAGAAUGGUCAUUUUAUGCAGGAGAUAUUAUACUACAGUGCAGUUUGGAUGGAGUCUGAUUUAUUCUUUUCAAUUAAAUACCUUUUUUAAAGUUUAGAACUUCCAUAAUUUUAAAACUUCCAUAUUUCGCUGAAACUUGGACAUUUAACUAGGCAUACAUUGCUCGCAUCUCUCUUCAAAGAUGCUUAUGUCCAAAUUUUUAAAAGAUAUAUAUUUUAUUGUCUGUGUUUAUUUCUCAUUUGGAUCUUGUUUCAUAUUUGCAUUUUAUUCUAUAUCUGAAGUAUACACACAAGUAAAUCUUUGUGAAUUUAAAAUGGCACUUUGCACUUCCACAGAGGUAAAGGUUAACUCUGUAUAUAGUGUGAUGUUUUUAUUGUAAAAAAUACGCACAUCAUUUGUCAUCACUAGUACCUCUCAGCUCACUCUUCAGGGUUUCCGUACAGGGAAGUUCUCUGUCUUGUGCAAUGUUUCUAGUUAAUUUUCUUUCUGAGCCAUUUAUCCUACUAAACUUUGGACGAUAUAUUAGUUCUGAUUUGUCAUUUUGGACUUUAUUUUAAAAAUUAGAACUUUCAAGCGAACAUUCAUUGUUAUUAUUUUGUUAUUUAUUACAUUGUUAUAUUGUAUAACAUUUGGUGUAAUGUUUAUAAGCUAUGAGAAUUGGUGCUAAUUGUAUUAGCCAUUUGUUACAAAUGCCAAUAAAAUGUUCACCAGGGUCAAGAAUGUACUUUUGUUUUUUUUUUUUUAGAAAAACAAGUGUACUUUACAAACAAAUGUAACUAUUUACUGGGCAUAUGUGGUUUAAAGAGUGGUUUCAUUUAUGUUAUUCCUUUUGUGUUGUAUGACAAGAUGCUAAUUUAAACUCGGUCUUCUCUCAAGUUGUUUGUGUGAAGAUUCUGUGCCCAGUUGAAGAGUCCUCAGGUAUUUGUAUGAAUAUUACAGUUUUACAGUUCUCAGAUUUUAAAAU